AUGUACAAUGAAUUUAAACAAUAUGCUAUUGAAGAUACUAAAACUGAUCAACGAUAUGGUGUUGAAUGUCUAUUUCGAUUUUAUACAUAUGAUCUAGAAAAACAUUUUCGUCAACAUGUAUUUGAAGAUUUUCAACAAGAAACUCUUUGUGAUGAUGAAGCUGAUUUUCGUGUUGAUGGUGCAUCAUUUCCACAACAAUUUUUUCCAACAAAAUCAAAUUAUACAUUCGAAGCAAUUGCUGCUGCAGUAGCAAAGAACAGUGAUACAUCAAAUUCAUUAAAACCCAAUGGUGAACAAUAUCUGAACGGUGCUCAUAUUUUUUCAAGUGGAUUUCGAUUUAUAAGAAUUGGUAUUGGUUUAGCUAUUGUUGGUGGUGUGAUUAAUUCUAUGCUUUAUAAUGUUGAUGGUGGUCAUCGAGCUGCUAUUUUUGAUCGUUUUCAAGGUGUUAAACUAGAUGUUACUGAAGAAGGAACUCAUUUUGUGAUUUCAUGGCUUCAUAGACCAAUUAUAUUUGAUAUUCGUACACGAUCACGAUCUGUUCCAUCAAUAAUAGAAAUAAAAGAUUUACAAACAAUUAAUAUAACAUUACGUAUUCUUUAUCGACCAAGAGCUGAACUUUUACCAAAAAUUUUUUGCAAAUUUAGUGAAUUAUUAACAGAACGUGCUGCUCAAUUUGGUUUAUUACUUGAUGAUAUUUCAAUUACACAUUUAAGUUUUAGACCUGAGUUUACAAGUGCUGUUGAAUUAAAACAACGAUUUUUAGUCGAAAAAACGGAACAAAGUCGUCAAGCAAAUGUUAUUGCAGUAGAAGGUGAUACUCGUGCAGUUGAUUUGAUUAGCAAAGCUUUAGAUGAAGCUGUUGAUGGUUUGAUCGAACUUCGACGAAUUGAAACCGCUGAAGGUAUUGCAAAUCAAUUAUCAAAAUCAAGAAAUAUCGUCUGUUUACCACAUGGUCCUCAAAUGUUACUUAACAUUACUGGUGCUAUGCAAUAA